UGUCUAAAAAAGAUGACUAGUUUGACGUUUCUGCCACAUAACAUACGUGUUAGCUGUGUUAUUGAACAUCUGAUUAAAAAAACAGUCAUCUCUUAAAAAAUUUAUCAAAGUUAUUAACAAUAAAAAAGUGAACUUUGAGUGAGUGUUAAAAGAAACCUACAUAAUUGACGAAAAAUACUUUCGUCCGUGAUAACAGUUCUAACAUGCAAUGCCAGCUAGGAGAAGACGUCUUGGUUCUGAAACAGAACAGCAACCACUUGUGGUCAUAACAGGCGAUAAAAAUCCAAAUUUAUUGUAUAAUAAUUCUAAACCAUUUACAAACGAAGUUUUAGUGCAAUCUCCAAUCAAUAACACGUAUAAUGUAAACACAAAACCAAGUGAUCUUGAAGACAUUUUGAAACCAGAUUUAAACAUACACGACGACAUGAAUACAUCACGGGAUCGAACCAAUGAAUUUGGCAAUGCCGUUAGGUAUUUGCUAAGCUACAAUAAUCGGGCAAUAACUGUACGUGAUCCACGAAAGGCGAAAUUUAUACAAAGUCAUUCGGAAUUUAUGUCAAUAGCUAAAACAAUUGGGAAGAAUAUUGCAAGCACGUAUACUAAAUUGGAAAAGUUAACUUUAUUGGCGAAACAAAAAUCACUCUUCAAUGAUCGAUCAUCUGAAAUCCAAGAACUCACCUAUAUCAUUAAAGGUGAUUUAGGUAGUUUAAAUCAACAAAUUGCAAAACUACAGGAAAUAUCAAAAUCACAAAAUCAAUUACAUUCUGGGAAACAUUUAAAAUCACAUACAAGUAGUGUGGUUCUAGCGUUACAAUCAAAAUUGGCUUCAAUGUCAACAGAUUUUAAAUCGGUAUUAGAAGUACGAACUGAAAAUUUAAAACAACAAAAACAUAGACGGGAUCAAUUUUCACAAGGGCCUAUAUCAAAUACAUUACCUCCAUCUGUUGUACAAGGACAUUAUCAAGGAAGUGUGUUAUUAGCUAAUGAACAGGUUAGUAUAAAUAUGGACUCAGGACCAGGAACACCAUUAUUAUCACCCCAACAACAGCAACAGCAACAAAUGAUGUUAUACGAUGAAACAGAUAAUUAUUUACAAAAUCGUGCCGAAACAAUGCAAAACAUUGAAUCAACAAUUGUUGAGUUAGGUGGUAUUUUUCAACAAUUAGCUCAUAUGGUAAAAGAACAAGAGGAAAUGGUUGAACGUAUUGAUACAAAUGUACAGGAUGCUGAAUUAAAUAUUGAAGCGGCACAUGGUGAAAUAUUAAAAUAUUUUCAAUCAGUGACUUCAAAUCGGUGGCUAAUGAUAAAAAUAUUUGCAGUGCUAAUAGCUUUCUUUAUUUUCUUUGUAGUGUUUGUUGCAUAG